AUGUUUUAUCCUCUGGAACUUCCAAGGCCACGUAAGCCACUUUAUAGGGAUUUCGGGGGGAAAUCAGGACUCAUCCAGACGCAGCAGGAUCCCAAGACUAGGAGUCGGUUGGGGAGACUAUUGCGUUUCUUUCUGCCGUAUCUCAAGGAUUACGCAAAAGAAUCCUCUGUACAUGGCAUACGAUAUCUAGCCGAACCUAAGAUGAAGAAUUUUUGUGAAACCAGGCUUAUAUGGCUGCUCAUUCUGAUAACCACCAGCAUUGGUGCCAUUUUGGUGUACGUGGAACUGAGCGAAGUUUAUCAAUCGGUGCGCAUACAGACCACCAUUAGGAACACCAUGCUUCCUAUUUUUCGAGUGCCAUUUCCCUCGAUUGGCCUCUGUUCAAGAAACCGACUCAAUUGGAAACUUCUUGAGAACGGAGCAGUUGAGCAUUUUCUGGGUGCCAAUGUGUCUGCCGCCAAAAAGGACGUCUUUAUUAAGUUCUUCACAGCAGCAGGUGAUCCUCAUUUGGCUCGGAUGAACGAAAUGUCGAGUUUCUUUACGAAUGAAACCCUGACUAGUAAUCUACAAAUGUUAGAUUCACUAAACCUUCGCGAAGUCUAUAAGUACAUCCAGUAUCAAUGUCAAGAUCUGUUUAAAAUCUGCCGAUGGCGGGAAAAUCCAGUCAACUGCUGCGAGAUAUUUGAGCAGCAGUUCACGGAGUCUGGCUUGUGUUUCGUCUUCAACGCGGAGAUUAGUCAAGUAUCGCGAAAAAGAGCAAAGGAGGACCAAUACUAUCCCCUUCGGACAGCGCAAUAUGGCGAAGGUACCGGUCUGGAUGUUUUCGUGAGGCUCAAUAGGUCCCUCAUCCGUCCUGGAAAACGGGGCAUAAAUGUAAUGAUCAAGCAGCCGCAACAGUGGAGUGAUGUGAUACGCCAUGUGCCCCAUGAGUCACAUACCAGGGUCAGCAUAACACCACGUUAUACUGUCACUAAUGAACGGGCCCGGUCUGUCCCUCCGGAAGUUAGAAAAUGUAUAUUUGGUGAUGAAACCGACAGUCCGCUCUACAAAAACCUGCCGGAAUUCGAGUACUGGGUGGGUAACUGCCGGAGCAAGUGCCAUCAGGAACAUGUCCUCAAACUCUGCAAUUGCUCACCCUCGAUAUUUUUUCCCUUCAACGAAAAUGAUAACUUUACAAUCUGCAAAGCUUCGGACUUUAAGUGCUUGUACGACCACAGACUCAUCUUCAGCAUUGAACGCCAUCCAGAGGAGAACGAUUUUGUAAAAAAUCUUUUUAACGAAAGCAUGAUUUGUGACUGCUUUUCCAGUUGCACUCAGCUUAUUUUUGAUCGGGUUUAUACCACUACCCCACUGGAUAACAAUGAGACCGAUACUGAGGCGGGUACAAUGCGUAUUGAUAUUUUCUAUCAGUCUGGUUGGCUUGUUCAAUAUCAAACCGUCAUGAGAUUUACCUUUGUGGAACUGCUGGCUAGUUUUGGUGGUAUAGUUGGUCUUUUUCUGGGCGCCUCUUUACUAAGCGCCGUUGAGUUGGCCUACUACUUCUCUAUUGGUCUUUAUAUGUACAUUCAUGGCAAGAGAAAAAUUAAUAAACCCGAACCUCCCAUUAUAACUCUACCAUUUGGCCAGAGAAAAAUAACACCAGUUAAGUACAUACGUAAAACUUUUAAUAAAUAA